AUGACCAACCCCAGUCUCCUAGAGCUACCUCAAGGGGUUCAGCUCGUCUAUCUCGCCGAGGGCGGAGCCAAUGUCAUCUAUCGCUUUGUGGCCGCCCCAAUAAAAUCGUCACUCGUCGUUAGGGAACCCAAGAGACCGGUCUCCCCCAUGAUUGACGAACCUAGAUUGCCUGCCGGGUUUCAGGGAAAAUUGCUCCGCCUACGCAAGAAGACUGCCGGCAAUAUAUCAUAUAAAGAAAUCAAUCGCAAUUUCAAUACUAUUGUGCGUCCCUUAUUCAGACCAGAAGAAUUAGUGGAUCAGUCCCUCAUUCUGCUUCCCGGGGGUCUCAUUCAGCGCUGUAAUGAGCAGCUUGUCGCUACUGAACUUAGUGGGCAGCGACCCAAAAAGCGACAUGGCGGGUAUCUUUGCGCUGAUGAGCCAUUUGGCUUACUUAUUACCGACAUGACGACCUUUGAUACACCAGGCGCUAUGCUAGCGGAACUCAAGCCGAAGUGGCUCACGCAGUCUCCUUCUGCACCCCCUAUGGCGCGGCGGUGUCGAACUUGUGCUUUAAGGGAGAUGAAGAAUUGUGAUGCGCGAUCAUCGGGCUCAAAGGAGCAGCGGUCGUUUUGUCCUUUGGAUCUUGUGUCUGGGCGCUUUGAAGACGUCCUGCGUGCUACGACUCUCGUCAAGGGUUGUAAUGAUCGGACGCGACUGGCGCACAUUCUGUUUCAUAAUCCGAUCCUUCAAAGACUACGAUCCCAGCAGACCUCGUGGGCAAAGGUCGGCCUACUUGGUCCGCCCGCUUUAUCUCAAAAAACAUCACUCGACAUGACUCUGCGGGACUGUACAAUGUUUAUCAAGAUCCCACGCGAUCGGGAAACACCCGUCGAGAUCCGCCUGGGGGACUUGGAUUUGAAAACAGGCGCGGGAGGAAAAUCCACCUAUUGGAGAAAAAUCGAACUUCAGCUCCUUGAUGGUGGCUGGUAUGCCGGGUCCAACAGCAGUCAAGAACCCAGCGAUUGUGCACUUCAGUACUUAACACAUUAA